CAAAGCUUCUAGUGCGCGGUUGACUGUUCUCUCUGUUUCUAACGAUUGUCAAGAUAUCAUUGUUUCAGGGACAGAAUCGUGUACGUACAGCAAUACUACGCGCCGAGGAAUGCGUUUUAUAAAAUUGGUGCUGCCAGUGGGAUUUGUCGAUCACUUUAUUCGAAAUUUCACAGUCGCGGCAGCAACCAUGAGCGGAAAUGAGAAUUACAAGGAGGCUAAAUCGAUUUACGAUUUUACCGCCAAAAACAUCAAAAGCGAAGAUGUCCCACUUUCCAAUUACAAGGAUCACGUAUGCUUGAUUGUAAAUGUGGCGUCAAAAUGCGGAUUCACGGCGACGAAUUACAAGGAAUUGAAUGAAUUGUACGAUGAAUACGCCGAGUCCAAAGGUUUACGAAUCUUGGCAUUCCCUUGCAACCAAUUUAAUGGACAAGAACCAGGCGGCAGCGAUGAAAUAUGCAGUUUCGCUGAUCAACACAAGGUGAAAUUCGACAUGUUCGAGAAGAUCAAGGUAAACGGAGACGAGGCUCAUCCCCUUUGGAAGUACAUGAAGAAGGAACAAGGAGGAUUGAUAGGAAACUUCAUCAAAUGGAACUUCACCAAGUUCAUCGUCAACAAGGAGGGGAAAGUUGUGGAGCGACACGGCCCUGAUGUAGAUCCCAGUAAACUGAAGACCAAGCUUGAGAAAUAUUUCUAAGCAUUCUUGUACUGUUCUCUCAGUCUGCUAUUCGUACACAACACACAUUGUAACUUGAGGAACACAUAUUUAAGAAUAAUGCAUCGACUGCACGUUCCUAUAAAAAAACAUAAAAACCGUAUCAAUAUUUUAUGUCAAACUGUAAUAGAUUUUAGACACACGGUGUUAAUAUAACAGAUCUUUGCUAUUAUUUUUCUGUCGACACAUACACUUUUCUACAUAAAAACGAACAAUCUUUUUUUUUUAAAUAAGUACCGAUAAAUAAAUGUUUUAUUACCGUAUAUAUAUAU